UCCCAACAAAGUGUAGCUCCGCUACAGUUUUUUUUCUUCCUUUAAAGGGUAACCUCUCAGCCAGCAAGAUUCCGCCCAAAAGCAGACAGCCGGAUCGCGCUGCGCUGACGCGGCUGGUCGGCAGGAAGCGGCUGGUGGCGGCGGGGGUCCUGGGGGUCGUUAUGGUCCUGCUGCUGGUCAUCCUCAUCCCGGUGCUGGUCAACUCCGCGGGCACGGCGGCGCACUACGAGAUGCUCGGCACCUGCAGGAUGGUGUGCGACCCGUACGGAACCAAGUCCCCGACCAGCACCGCUGCGGCGGACACGGUCCGGGACAGCGGCCUCGUGCAGUCUCUGCCCACUUUUAUCCAAGGUCCGAAAGGGGAGCCGGGGCGUCCGGGUAAGGCGGGUCCGAGGGGACCUCCCGGCGAGCCGGGACCGCCCGGUCCAGCGGGGCCACCUGGAGAGAAAGGCGAAUCGGGCAGACCGGGUUUACCGGGCCCGCCGGGACCGAGCGCAGCCGCCGGUGCCAUCAGCGCGGCCACGUACAGCACCGUGCCCAAGAUCGCCUUUUACGCAGGGCUGAAGAAGCAGCACGAGGGCUACGAGCUGCUCAAGUUCGACGACGUGGUGACCAACCUGGGGAACCACUACGACCCCACCACCGGGAAGUUCACGUGCUCCAUCCCCGGGAUCUAUUUCUUCACCUACCACGUCCUGAUGCGCGGAGGGGACGGCACGAGCAUGUGGGCUGACCUGUGCAAAAACAACCAGGUGCGUGCCAGUGCCAUCGCCCAGGAUGCGGACCAAAACUAUGACUAUGCCAGUAACAGCGCUGUGCUGCAUCUGGAGCCAGGAGACGAGGUCUACAUCAAACUCGACGGAGGCAAAGCGCAUGGCGGCAACAACAACAAGUACAGCACCUUCUCCGGAUUCAUCAUCUACGCCGACUAGACAGCAACACGUGCUCAGCCCUCAGCUAUUACAGGCCUCAGUCUUUCUACAAAUCUAACCUUCUACCAAUCAGACGCUCAGACUUACUCUUUUAAAACCGUGUGGACAAACCAAUAUCCAAAAUCAGCCUUCAUAACCUGCAUAUUAUUUAAUUUUUCUACAUCCUGCUAACAUCACUGUCCUAAGUUGCAAGUGACUUUGGACAAAAGCAUCAGUGAAAUGGUUGAAUUAUGGGAUCAAACCAUAUCCUCUGUUCAUACCAUUACACAUAACAACUUACAGCUGAUGUCUUUGUGUUGAUGUAGUCGUGUCACCGAGUGAUGGUGGUAGGUAGGAGAUGAAAGGGAGGAGUGUGUUUGUGUAUGUGUGUGUGUCUGUGUGUGUGUGUGUGUGUGUGUGUAGGAGGGGGGGGGGCAGGGGGUGGCACAGAUUCACCAAACAUCAGUAAGAUGUAACCUACAUGUAGCCUAGUGCUGUUAUUUGAGUUAUAGGUCCAGGAUGAGGUGUUUGUAGAGACAUCAUUAAGAGGAUUGAGUUAUCAUCAUCACUCUUAAAUCUGAUUGGGCCACAAGCUGCCUGUCAACAGAUCGAGCUGUCUGUCUAGAAGUAAGUGGAAAAGAUACAAAUCUGAUAGAAAUGCAGUAGCUAGUGGGCAGUUGUAAAAACUGACUGUGGAGGAUUUUGUGCAAUACUUAGUAUAAUAAACUAUAUCCGUGGUGAUAAUUAACGAGAAAGCCCUCAGUCAGCGUUUGUGGUUUAUUUCUUUCUUUUCUGAUAUCAUGUAGAUAGCAAGGUAAAGCUGGCAACACUUGAAGUGCAUUAAGAUACACUGACAACAGAUUAUAUUUCCCAUUAUUAACAUAAUUACCUCUUUUAUAGAAUAGAAUCAAUAAUAAAAUAGUUAUUUUUGAUUACAUGUAAUCAAAUAACACUUACUUUUUUUACAUGAUUUGUUUAUAUUCUCAUGUUCUGAGUUUAAUUUUAAUCAUGCUCUAAUAAUGUGAUUCCUCAGCAUCGGUUUGUAGCACCACUUCCUCUAAAGUUUUUUUCAAAUGCUUUCAUAAAUGCAGAUAUGAGAAUUUUAGCCUUAUUUACCCAUGAUGUGUUUUGUCCAGAAAAGAGAAGGGAACUUGAUUUAUGUCAAGCUUUAGAGAGGAAGAAUGUUUGGUCAAAAUAAAUCUGAAAAACAUGAUUGUAACGGAGGCCCCUGAUGAGUUUUUUGUGAUGCCUGCUGGGUGGCGUUCAGGGAAACACUUGGUACAAGAGGAAAGUGUUGGCGGCCAUGUUAAACUUCAUACGGCGGUUGCAGGAACAGCGUCCAAAGUGAGGGUCUGUCCCAAUACCUACACUUGCAGUCUUGAGCGCUUAAUAGUUCCCUGUGCAGUUUGACACCGCUAGCUCUAUGGAGCAGUUCUUUCCUAUCAGUGGAUCCCUGUUUUGUUUAGAAUGACGAUGUGCAGACAUGCACACGCACACGCAGAUGAGUAAUGUGGUACGCAUUCCUGCCAAUGGAUUCACACUACUCCUCUGAUCUACAGGUAGGGCUUACACGCUUACGCGAUAUGCUGCAAUGUGUGACCAAAGGCAGGGAAGAAGACUGCAUGCUAGUAAACGUGGAUGUUAACAAUGUUGGAUUUAAAAUUCUUGGCUUUGCAAAUGUUUUUGCAAAACUUAAUGCACUCGACACUUGUUUGUUUGACCUUAAAGCAACACUAGGUAACUUUUCCCGCUUCGGUCCCCCUACAGGUUGGAAGCGGAAUUCAAGGAGUUCAAGGCGGGAAACAACAUGGCGGCUUGUUUUAUACAUUUUCUGUAAUUCUGUUUUAACAAUCCACCAAAAUCCAUUUCUUAAAAACAUUUUAUGCGAAAAAUAGGCUAGAUACAGCUGAAUUUUGUUUUUAUUUUACAACUGCCUGCCUUGUUUGACAGCUUGGUCCAAGUUUUGUGAGCCGGUCACAUCGCACUGGACGGACUCGUUUAUAUUAACAAUUGAUCUUCCUGAUUGGACUGAUCAGAUUGAUAUUGCAUAACUGGCACUGUCAACAUACAUUUUAAGUAUCAUAUCCUUUUAUCGAUAUAUAUGAUUUGCAUAAUAAGUUCAUUACUUACAAAUAUACAUACAAAUAAUAUUGUUUUAUGUACAGCAGACGUGACUAGUUCUAGAUAACUUGGCUUCAAUUGCCUUAUUAAUUGCAUUACUCCUCUCAGCUCCUGAAAGUGUGUUUUUAUGUAAUACUGGAUGGUUGAUCCUACUUAUUUGUUCCAGCAAAACAUCUGAGCCCAACUGUGCCAUGUACAGUAUUUGCAUGAGUAAUGGGAUGUCCUUUUUAAUCAAGCGUGCCCCAGUGGGCUCUGAUGUGCUCAUGGUCUUAAUACUCAAAAUCACAUCACACAAAUGGGAACUUGACUACUUGCCAAAGUGUUAGUAUACACACACCUAACUACCCAUCCCACUGCACUACACUCGACCUACUUCUAGAAACAGUCAACAUUUUAGGAAAUCCAGCCGAGAGAGUAGCUUCUUAGGGUGCAAACAAAAAUACGAUAAAAAAAAAUAAAAAAUCAAUGAUCAUCUCCUUGGUUUUACUAAGUUUGUUAAGUAGCACAAUGUUCUCUGGGCACCACUCUGCAAGAUGAUUUCCUCUCGAUGUGAAGUCUCAUCGUUGUUUGUAAUCAUGCCGAUGAUGGUAGUGUCGUUUUAUCGGUGACAUUUCCUUUACAUGAUUGUUCCGGUUCCUCCGGAUGUCCCUCACUUUUCACUUUCUUUGUGCUGGCAUUCUAAACUCUGAUCGAUUCAGGAAAUCCUCUGAGCUAGAACCGACAGUCAAACUAUAUUUAUCUUUUUUUAAGUAAAAUUUUCAUCACACGCUCAAAAGCCAUUUUAAUUCCAGAGCUCGCCUCCCUGCGUGCACAUGUUCCAUCAAAAUAGGUUCCUUCCAGAGGCUAUUUUACAGAGGGUCCGUUGCUGCGUCCGGCGCUUACUGCCGCCCAAGACGAUUGUGAUUGGGUUAAAGAAAUGCCAAUCAACCAGAGCACAUUUUCUUCCUAUUCAGGAAUGCUGUGUGGACUAGCCAGACCUUCCUGUGCAGCGCUGUGGAGAUAGGUCUGGAAAUGCGGGACUAUGUCGUUGUUAAACAGACUCUCCAUGUUGGAGUGGCGUUCGUGGGUGUACAGCGUGAACAGGAGGGGGCUGGGCACACAGCCCUGGGGGGCUCCGGUAUUCAACAUUAGAGUGGUGUCUGGCCUCCACUCAUUAUAUACACAACCUCCAGGUUUUCAAAGAAUAUCAUGCAAUAUGACCUGAUGCAGUUCUGACUAUUUUUUGUUUAAAAACUUAACCUUUAACCAUCAACAGUUACACAGCUUUUAUUUAAACUUAGUUUGGACAGUGGGAUUCAAAUAUAAAUCAUCUUAUGAAUAUCAAAAGACAACAUUUAAUUUAGUAAGUGAAGCAGUCCAGACAACAUCUGGUAUUAGCCGGACCCACUCUUGGUAUAAUCAGAAAACAGAUAUGACUACAUAUUUUUGUGACAUAAAAAGUACAGGGUAGAGAUACAUGUAUUAGCUUUGUGUUACCAUUGAGGACACAGAGCUCAUGCCCUUAAUGUUAGUUAUAUUUCUUUGGACUCAAUAUAUUUUUUGAAAAAUAUAAUAUAUACCAACAUAUUGGGAGAUACAUUUCGGAGGAUUAGGAGAGGUGGGUUUCAUUAGAAGACUUUUGUCUCAUAACCUUGGUUAUGAGACAAAGGCUUGCUUGUUUGCAGUCUCCACAGAGUCAGAUGAAAAAAUCAGUUUGAUGUGUCUGCAUCAAGCACAUAUGUCUACGGCACACGUACAGUCUAUCUUAGCACAAAGUUUAGUGUUAGUGCAAUAAAUAAACCAACUGCUAGACUCAGGGACAUGCACAAAAUGUUCAAGGUUUUGCAGUUUUUCAACUGGUUUAACAAUGAACAAAGCCCAAGUGACACAACUGGUGCACAUUAUUUACAUGUUGCAUCACAACUAGAUUCAACAUGUAGAAGACAUCUAUGAAGCUGUUACAAGGAUGUAUCUUUCCCUUUUAAUUCAGCUAGACUGUUUCUAGUGCUUUCGAUUGAAUGGGCCUUCUCAGUUGAUAUGAGCUUUAGAUAUGGUUUAGAUAGCCUUCUACUGCCACACUUGUAGGUUCAGAAGGCCACAAUCAUCUAUUAACACGGUAACGGUUUCAAGUAACGAUUCAAGUCUUUGUGCUAAACUAGACUAAAUACAUCAUACCUUCACAUGCCACUGUGACAUAAAACAAGUGUGUUUCCCAAGAUGUCACACAUCCUCAUACCAUAUUCAAUAUUUGUGAACUACUGUACACUGAAUUAUGUUAAUAUGUAAGCUGCGUUAUCUCAGUGCUUCCUGAGAUUUAUUGGUGAGUUAUUGAGAGCCAAAUAUGUCAAAAGGCUGUUGGUCAUUGACAGUAGUUGUUGGAGCCUUGGGAAAGCACACACAGAGGCUGCCAGAGCAGUAGACUGCAUGUGAACAUCUUCUCUUUUUGCCCAUGAAUUGUGUAGUGACUGCACAAAUGUCAGCAAGUAAGAUGUUCCAUAAAAUGCUGGCGACCAUUAUACAUGAUCUUGUUACAGUAUAUCACAGAAAUUAUAUGUCUGGUUGAAACUGGCUAGAAUGUAGAAAAUACAAACUGAGUUUCCACAUUUAGGAGUUUCUUCACAUGGCAUCACUACAAAUAUGGCAAACGAAUAAGUGUUUUACCAGUUCCAACCAAGCAGCAACCACCAUGGCUGAGUGGCUCCAAUGUGUCGGUAGCCAUGUCGAAGAUGUUUAUGUAAGUUGUUUUCUUGAUUGGCUUGUGUCUCAGCCCUGGUGCGUGCUCAUCCUACUUCAGCCUGACCAAAUUUGCAAUGUGAACUGAAAGCACUAUGCAGAAGUAGAGAAUAACAAUGUAUCAAUGUACAGUGUCAUGUAUCUUAAAGAUAAAAAUUGUGGUUCACUAGAAUUAUAUGUAAAUACUGUAGUGAUACAAACUGUUCAUAUUUUUUCUGCAUAUCCCAUGUACAGAAUGCUAGAAGAGAGGAAAUGAUUUUAAAUACUUGAUUAAUCAAACAAUCAAUAAUUCAGUAAUCACUGAUUGUCUUGAAGUUAUAGCGUCAACAGUGUAUUGGUGUGAAAGGCAUAUGUAUGGUAGAUAGUGUCAGGUGUGUGCAAUAUUAUAAUGACUUCACUCUUCUUCUCUCUUACAACAGUCACCGAUGUACUGUUAGCUCAACAAUGUCUCCAUUAAAUGGACAGAUGUAACACUG